AUGCUCCACCCUGACACCACUUCGCCCACCCCCCAACUCUCGCCCUCGCCCUCCACGUCUCCCGCACCACGUGACCCCGACACCUGCACCUUGCGGCUCCGUCUCCCGGACUCAUCGGCGCUAACCCACACGUUUGCCGCCUCCAGCAGUCUGGCCGACGCACGUGCCUGGCUGCUGGCACGCCACGGCCUCCGCGGCUACCGCUUCCACCGUGUCCAGCCGAAACUGACGUAUACGCCAGAAGACGAAACGCAGCGGACCUUGCGCCAGCUAGACCUGCUGCCGCGCUGUGUUCUGGCCCUGUCGCCAUCGCCAUCGCCGUCGCCGCUACCGGCCAGCUCGACUGCUGCCAGCUCAGAAAUACCGGCCCGGGCCCGUCGCGGCAGCCUGCUGACCCGUCUGGCAUGGCACGUGACCGAAUGGCUGGCGCUGCAGGACCUGGAUUCGCAGCUGUCUACACACACGCCGGUGCCGGCCACUCGCCUGGGAGAGGCCUUCUUUGCGCCGGUACCGGCCGAUGCUGGCGGCAGUGGCCACUCGUCGGAUUCGGACUCCGAUUGUCCGGACUUUGACGACCCACGCUAUGCCACGCCCCAACCCUAUGGCAUCUCGCAGUUGCAGUUGCAGCUGCAGCACCCGCAGCCCUGGCCUGCAGCAUACACAACCCUCUCGCACGUGCAGCACCCGGAACCCUCGCCUUCUCCUUUGCAGCCUGCGACUCCGUCCAUCUACAAGCAUUGA